GACGGGGGAGCUCUGUCAGCGGCCAGAGCGGCCGUAGGUGGUCCAUAACAAGCUAAUGAAAUGCGAAUCCAACGAAAUUGCGACCAACUGAGCCAUAAAGAACACAAAGCCUGGAGAGGCUGAAAGGCAUUCACCACUGAAGCCCUGGAACCGGGGAGGAGGCGAGUACAAUGCGAAAAUAAACAUAAACGUCAUGCAAAUCGUAUGGUAAUUGCUGUCAUCGCCGGCUCUUGUCAAAACGGGUUGAAGUGUUUUGUAAAUGCCAGAAAAAAUUAAAUUCCCGACAUGCAGUCGAGUACCAAUAAUGAUAAUAAUAAUAAUAAGGCAGUUGGAGAGACACGCACGCGAUUAUUAUUUUGUCAAACAGGAGAAAUCGGAAGGAGCAGCUUUCUUUGUUGUGUUGAAAAACUGACGUUUGCCCAACACUCAGUCCCGAAGCCGUUCAAGUGGGCUUUUUAUUGCACUUCUAAUUAAACUUCUUCCCCUGUCAGAUCGGUGGUACUAUCCGGAGCUCAUUUACCUAAACUUUUCAACUCGAACGCUCUUGGGAUCUUCCGACGACAUAAUGGCUGAAGCAGAUUCUCGUGAGGAAGGCAGCAUGGUGGGCCUGAUAUGUGACGAAGGUAUUGUGCUGGCCACCAAUUCAAGGAACAAUCUAAUCUGCCACCUGGACGAGCGUAUAUAUUGCUGUGCGCCUCGUUCCAAUGCCGAUCGCGACAUCAUCCUGGAGGUGGGGACCCAAGUGGACUACCAAACCAAUGACAGACACCAGAAGCUGACCGUGGCCCAGGUCAAGGACAUGCUGUGCCGAAAGUACGAGAAUGCUGCGACCGUGGAUGUCCUCCUGGCUGGGCAGGACCGUCUCGGCCUCCAUAUGUACGACCUCCAGCCGAAGAGGAAGACCAUCAGGAUUCAGCAUGGAGCCAAGGGCGGAGCAAAGGCGGAGGAAAUUCAAGCUUACCUAUCUCUGUACAGAAAGGAUCCAAUGAAUCUGGCAGAGGCCGAGCAGUUGGUCAGGGAGUCCUUGAGGGUGGGCCCCGACGAUUACCUGGACAUGUGCCUUAUCUACAAGGCGGAGCACACUGAAGUGGAGGAGGAGGCCCCGGAGCUACCUCCGGAGACGGAGCCCCCCUUGGAUGCCGAAAGGCAGAGUAUAUCUGGCAGAUCGCUGCAGAGUAACUGGUAGAUGGUUUAUCUGCCUUUAAACGCUGGAAAUAAAUAAAUUACUGCGCUC